UGAGCUGAGGAAAACGCAAAUUUCAUCUGGCCACACUGUACAUAUGCAACUGAAAAGAAAACGGUGAAAAUUGUGGCUGGCCCCGUGUGGCCAAGAAUAAUCAGAAACGCGGGCAAUAACAAUAUAAAUAACUAAUAGCCGCAGGAGCGAGUGCAUCCGUAGCAACUGCGUUCUCAAGGUGGCCGUUGCUAAUAAGUAAGUGUAAGCGAAUGAGAGCGCAAAGCAGAUGGCGAGAGCGUCCCGCGCGUCAGUGUGUGUGCGUGAAUGAGAAGUAGAAAGCGGCGGUAAAAACCUUCGCGUGUAAGGGAAAAACACCAAAUCAUUUUGAUCGAAAAAUAAUACAUAAUUCCCGGGAAAGGGAAAAUAUCUGUGGAAAUCGGAAAAGCAGGCGGAGCAACAGUCGCCGAAAAAGAGAAUCUGCGGACGAAAACAAAAACGCUUUGCAGGCAGCCGCCGAUACUGAAAGUGCCAGCGUGUGCGUGCGUGCCAGCGCGUCGUGUGUGUGUAGUGGUGUGGGCAGUGAGAACGGCGAGGAGAAAACAGUGAUAAUCACAAACGGGCAAAUAGAUUGCUGCAAAUGGUUGAAUAAUAUUUAAUCCAACACCGCCAGUGCUGCAAAAAUCGGUCUGCAUUAUCGUAGUGUAUUCAGUGUUGCACAUCGCGGCCGCCCAAACGCAUAAUCCAACGCGCUGCCCCCGCCGCACCUCUCUGUAUUUGUCAAAUUGACAUUGUCAACAUAUAUUUCUUCCGAAUAACUUUUGGGCUUCUUUCCGUUUGCGAGAUUAACAAUGCGUCACGAUAAUCAGCCACGGAACCUUAUAAAUUGUUGUUUUUGAUUAGAUUUAUGCAAUUUCUCGACCAUCCUUAGACUACGUAGUACAAGUACGUAAAGCGCUGCAUCCUUACCCUUGAAAGGUCGGAUCAAAGGGCAGAACCCAAACCGUACCGAAAAAGCAGCACAGCUAUAAAAUGAGCAGCAGCACAAGUGGCAACAAAGCCCGUCGCAAGCAAAAUCCCGAGCCACCUGUCCAUGAACAGGACCCGAUGGCGCUGAAUCACCUGAAUGGGAUGGCCAACGGAAGUGGUGGUGGCAAAAGGCGCAGGGCCAGCAAACAUACAGCGACAACGGCUACGAUGACAAUGCCAACGCUAACCAAUGGGGUCAGCAAGAAGGCCAGAUUAGAGCAUACCUUAGAGGAGAGUUCCUCUUCCCGUUCUGGAACCGCUUCGGCCAAAUCUCUGGCCUAUAACAACAAUAACAAUAAUAAUAACAACAGCAUCACUGCCACCAAUGGCCAGUACAACAGAACCAACAACAAGAACAGCAAGGAACCCAAUUACAAUUACCGAGACACACACUCGCCGGCAACUCCCCCAUCGCCACCAUCGCCUCCAUCCUCUACAUCGACUGCAUCACCUCCGCCGCCGCCGCCUGAUGACCAAAUCCCCGAGAUCGUGUGCAUUUCGGACGCGGAGAGCGAGGAGGAGCUCGAUCAAGAGCGCGACUACUAUGAUCAGGAUACAGAGGAAGAGGAGCAGGCCGUGGACAGCGAGCUGGAAAUUGACGAGGGCACCCCGAGAGCCACAUGCAAUAAUGGCAAUGCAAAUGCGAACGCGGCUGCAGCAGCCGCUGCUGCGGCAGCGGCAGCCGCAUCGUCGGAAGCCGCAUUACCGGCAAACAACAAUACCACCAGUUCCACAUCGCCCAUCGAUCUGGAUAACGUGGCGCACCAAGAGGAAUUGGAGCAGCUCACCGAUUUGCGAUCCUACGUGAAAUUGUACAGUGAUGAGGCCGUCAGUCUGAAAGACUUCAAAAUUAUACGGGUUCUGGGCACUGGAGCGUACGGAAGGGUGUUCCUUGUUCGUAAGCUGUCGCGUCACGACGCUGGAAAACUCUAUGCGAUGAAAGUUCUAAACAAGAUAACGGUCGUCCAGAAGCGCAAAACCGCAGAGCACACUAAAACCGAGCGAGUGGUCCUGGAGGCUGUCCAGCGAAGUCCUUUUCUUGUAAGUCUCCAUUACGCUUUCCAGUCAACUACGAAACUGUAUUUGGUGCUAGACUUUGCAAAGGGCGGGGAGCUGUUUACGCAUCUCUACCAUGCCGAGCACUUCGAUGAGCAUCGAGUGCGUGUGUACAUAGCCGAGGUAGUGCUGGCCUUGGAGCAGCUGCAUCAGCUUGGCAUUAUCUAUCGCGACAUCAAACUGGAGAAUAUCCUACUCGAUGGCGAUGGACACAUUGUAAUCUCCGAUUUUGGGCUUUCAAAGAUCCUGUCCGCUGAGAACGAUUACCGGGCGACCAGCUUUUGCGGCACUCUAGAGUACAUGGCUCCCGAAAUCAUUAAGUCGUCGCCAUCUGGCCACAACAGUGCCGUGGAUUGGUGGUCGGUGGGUGUGCUCACCUUUGAGCUAUUAACCGGAGCAUCGCCAUUUGCGUCUGCGGAUGGACAGAGUCAACAGUCGGAGAUCUCACGUCGCAUCUUGAAUGAGCCGCCGUCGAUCCCCAGCUCCUUCAGUCCCGAUGCUAGGGACUUUGUGGAGAAGAUGCUGCAGAAGAGCCCAAAAAGGCGACUGGGUGGCAGUCAUCGCGAUGCCACCGAAAUCAAGGAGCACCCCUUCUUCAAAGGCAUUAACUGGCAGGAGCUGCGCGUCAAGCGACGCAAAGCUCCCUACAAGCCUGUUAUUAACGGCGAAGAAGAUGUACAGAACUUUAGCACAGAGUUCACCGACCAGCUGCCCGAGGAUCCCGAGUGUGAGGCCCCGCCCAGUCGGAUUCGGCUCUUCCGCGGCUAUACCUAUAUAGCGCCAGAGCAUUUGGAGCAGAUGCGUCGGGACAAUAACUGUAAUAUUGAGUACUGCAAUCCAGGACUGCAGAACGUACCCUCGCGACCGGAUGACCUGGAGUUGGGCAGCAAGACGGCUAGUGGUGCUUAUGGCAUCUGUCACUUUGUAUCUGACAUUUCCACCGAAAUGGUGUUUAUGGCCAAGGUCAUACAAUUGUCCAAGUAUCGUGCCUCCGAAGUGGACGCAUUGAUCUCGUGCGCCUUGGACAGACAAGGUCACAAGAAUAUCGUCAAUUAUCAUGGAACGUUCCGGGACAAAUGCGAGACUUGGAUCAUUAUGGAGUACCUGUGUGGCGAGGAGCUCUCGGCGCUUAUCCAGCGUAACUUUUUGGAUGAGCAGGCCUGUCGGGAGAUCUUCCAGCAGCUGGUAAUGGCCACACGCCAUGUCCAUGCCAAGCACUUUAUACACGGUGACCUGAAGCCGGAGAAUGUGAUGUUUGAGAGUCGCGACGCUCACACUGUGAAGCUGGUGGACUUUGGCAAUGCCUGCUACAAUGGCAAGUUCCAGAGUUGGAAGGACAAGCCGCGCUACACCCUGGACUACGCUCCGCCGGAACUCCUGGCGGAUCCCAAUAUAGUGACAUACUCGCCGGCCGUGGAUAUUUACGGAUUAGGCGCCACGCUCUAUGCCAUGCUAGUGGGUCAUCCGCCUUACAGGCAGGGCUCCAGAGAUGUGGAACACACCGCCAAUGCCCAUCAUAGGCUAAGGAGACGCAUGCAACGGGAGCCGUUCAAUCAGAGGUCAAGGCGCUGGCUGAGUGCCACCCCUGCUUUCCGGCACCUGGUGGGGUGGUGUCUACAGCGCAAUCCCUCCGAUCGGCCUAGCCUGGACGACAUCCUUGACAGCGAGUGGCUGCAGUAUGGCACCAAUGAUCCCGAUGUGGACAUUAUUUUGCCAGCGGAGGAGCAGGAAGUGGUCGAUCUCAGCGAGGACACCAUGGAGCAGCCCACAUCGGUUGUGCAGGAUCAACCCAAAUCUAGCUCAUCGCUUGACAGGUCGACGGAGGAUGAGGGCAUCACUCUGGUCAACGAGCCAGUUGAGGAGACGGUGGCCAACGGCGGAACUGCAGCGAUAAAUGUUGCUCCCAUAUCGGACGAUGAAGACCUGGUGCUGCACGAUCGCUUCGAUCCGGAUCUUGACGGGACCGAAGUCUUUUAUGGCUUUGACGAGAAUGCCCCGCCCCUGCGUAUGCCCGAGGAAUACUAUGUGGAAAUGCCGCUGCCACAACCACCGCCGCCGCCGCCUCAGGAGGAGCGUCUCCAAAUGCCGCCGCCACCCCCUCCGGCGGCUCCAGUUGUCACGGCCGAAACCACUACCAGCCAACGACCCAGAACCCGUCAGCAGCGUCGUACCGCGAGUUUGUUGCCCCAAAAUACAGUUGCAGAUGCGCCGGAGGUGGAUAGCAAGGCCAGCUUGUAUCUCCUGAUGCAGAAACUGCCGCCGCCCGCCGAGACUAUUGUGGCCCGCAUACCAAGAGUGCAACGUGUCGUGCGUACACUACCCUCCAGUGCGUCCCGGCGGAAGAUAGACGACGAGGUGGAUUUCUUGGGCUUCAACAAGACACCGAAUACAUGGCGCAAAUCGCGGGCUAGCUAUCGGCACUUCUGCCUCCUGAUUAACGGGGUACAGCAGGUGCUCAAGCAUAAAUUCAAGAAGGAACGUCGAGUCUACAGUUUGCCAACGGUGAAAAUUGAAAAAAUCGAUGAGGCGUACGAGAGGCUGCAGAUCUAUCCCAGGCCAAAGCCCCCGAAGCCAAGGCAACCUCGGGCGCCCAAAGUGUACCGUCCACCGACGCGAGUGCAGCCGGAGAGAGCGCGUGCGCAGCGUCAGCAGUAUGUGUUUGAAUGACAUCCUUAACAGGAGCAGCAGGCGGCGGCGUUAAAUGACGAGGUGCUGGUUGUAGAGGUGAAGGAAGAGCAGCUAGAUGAGGAGGAGAAGCAACUGCAGGCGGUGCUGCAGUGGGAGAAGCAGGAGCUGAGGAGUUGAAAACAGACAAUGACACGGACAGGGACCACGACAAGAACGCCAACGAGCAGAGCCCGGCUCUAACCAGCCGCACCAAAGAUCGUGUCAAUAAUUAUUCACCAUUUUUGUUACAACCAUUUGAGAGAUGUAAGGUGAGAGAGAAGCUCAUCCUUAACACCAAUAAUAAAUGUUCAUUCUUAAACUUGAAAGGGGAAGCAGAAACCCCGCCCCUAGUGCUUCAUUGUGCUAGCUAAUUAGUUAAUUUUGAAUUUAAAUUUAAAUUUAAAGUCAAACCAAGGCAAAGUCAAUUUCUUCCCAAGAAGCGGAAGGAAUGGACAAUAAGGAAAGACCCGAGACCACACACAAUCACUGAUAUCAUUACUAAGAGCGAGCUGGAAUUAGUUAAGUGCAGAGUUAUAUGUUUAAGAACAGUGAGAACGACUACAUGAUACCCUCUUUAAACACACAUAUAUACAAAUUUGCUUUAAGUUGUGUCCUAACUUAAGUUAUAUAAAUAUAUAUAUAUUCUUUACUAUUAACCAGAACAUUGUCUGCUCUGGACAAUGCAUUCAAUUCCUAAGUAUCCUAGACAUUAUUUCAGUGGAAUAUAUAAUAUAUAAUCUGCGAACAGCAAUCUACGGCCUGAAGAGUCGUACCAAUUGUUAAUUGCAAUUAAUUUCAUUGUUUUGUUGUCAAGUUCUUUUGUUUUUGUUUAAUUUUUAAAAGUUAGUUUGCCACCUAAAAUGUGUAUUUAAUUGGCUAGAAAAAGGUAUGGAAACCCAAUGAAAUUCAAAUAAACUCGGAAAACAUAA